AUAUCCAUCAACUUUUUUCUCCCUAAGGAGAUAAAUGUAUAUUUAUUUGAAUGUAUACACCAAAUUCCAGCUAAGAAGAAAUUCUGUUGAAAUUGACAUUGCCACCCAAAUAAUAGGCAAAAUAAUACCCACAUGAAAUUAUUAAUAAUCCCUUACAUUAUUGUAAAAGAUUGAACAAGGAAGAAAAAAGAAAAAUCAACAAAAAUAUCAGUGUCUCAAUCAGUUUUCUUUCCUGCUCUCGCUACAAAUUCCAACUCUCUCAUUCAACUUUCCAUGUCCCCUCCCUUUCUCUCAUUCAUUCUUCCAUUUAUAACUUCCAACUUAAUACAAAUUCUUUUACAUUUUGAUUCUUUUUAGAAAUAACCCACAAAUUCUUUUUUUUCUUUGCAUAGAGAAAAUGAGGGAAAUUCUUCAUAUUCAAGCAGGGCAAUGUGGUAACCAAAUUGGUGGUAAGUUCUGGGAAGUUGUUUGUGAUGAACACGGGAUCGAUGCAACCGGAAACCACGUCGGCGGCUCCGAGGUUCAGCUUGAGAGGGUUAAUGUUUAUUACAAUGAAGCCAGUGGUGGAAGGUAUGUUCCCAGAGCAGUGUUGAUGGAUCUUGAACCUGGAACAAUGGAUAGUUUGAGGACUGGUCCUUAUGGGAAGAUUUUCAAGCCUGAUAACUUUGUGUUUGGUCAAAAUGGUGCUGGAAACAAUUGGGCUAAAGGGCAUUACACUGAAGGAGCUGAAUUGAUUGACUCUGUUCUUGAUGUUGUUCGCAAAGAAGCAGAGAACUGUGACUGCUUACAAGGUAAAUUAAACUUGCAAUUUCCUUUUUAUAGUUCAUCAACUGUAUUGUUGUCGAUGAAAUAUGGAUCGUAUAAAAAAUCGUGUUAACGUGACUUUUUUUUUGUGUUGUUAUGACAGGAUUCCAAAUUUGUCAUUCACUUGGAGGAGGCACAGGAUCAGGAAUGGGAACUUUGCUGAUAUCUAAGAUCAGGGAAGAGUAUCCUGACAGAAUGAUGUUGACUUUCUCGGUGUUUCCUUCUCCUAAGGUUUCAGACACUGUUGUGGAGCCGUACAAUGCUACCCUGUCUGUUCAUCAGUUGGUUGAAAACGCUGAUGAAUGUAUGGUUCUUGACAAUGAAGCCCUCUAUGACAUCUGUUUCAGAACACUCAAGCUCACUAAUCCAAGCUUUGGGGAUUUGAAUCAUCUGAUUUCAGCAACAAUGAGUGGUGUAACAUGUUGCCUACGUUUUCCUGGACAACUAAACUCCGAUCUUCGAAAACUAGCCGUAAACUUGAUCCCAUUCCCUCGUCUACACUUUUUUAUGGUUGGUUUUGCGCCCUUAACGUCAAGAGGCUCACAGCAAUACAGAGCCCUCACAAUUCCAGAGCUGACUCAACAAAUGUGGGAUGCCAAGAACAUGAUGUGCGCGGCCGAUCCGCGCCACGGCCGAUACCUAACAGCCUCCGCAAUGUUCAGAGGCAAAAUGAGCACAAAAGAGGUGGAUGAACAAAUGAUCAACGUGCAAAACAAGAACUCGUCCUACUUUGUUGAGUGGAUUCCAAACAACGUGAAAUCGAGUGUGUGCGAUAUCCCGCCAACAGGGUUGGCAAUGUCUUCCACAUUUAUGGGGAAUUCGACAUCGAUUCAAGAGAUGUUUAGGCGUGUUUCGGAGCAAUUCACGGUGAUGUUUAGGAGGAAGGCUUUCUUGCAUUGGUAUACUGGGGAAGGAAUGGAUGAAAUGGAGUUCACUGAGGCUGAAAGUAACAUGAAUGAUUUGGUUUCUGAGUACCAGCAAUAUCAAGAUGCAGUGGCUGAUCAUGAUGAAGAAUAUGAUGAUGAACUUGAAGGUGCUGAGGAAGCCUAAUGAGAAUGUUCUUUUUGUCAAGAAUGGAUUUAAUAUUGCUUGCAUUGCUGUUGGAUAAUCGCAUUAAUUUAUGGCUUUUUUUUUUUCCUAGUGAAUGAUGAAUUCUUGCAAGGUUGUGAUUUUGGUUUGUUUUUAUACAAUACAUGGAGUGAAUGUUAAUACAGACGUUUGGACAUCAUACAUGAGUGAUUUUUGUUUUCUCUGUUGUUGCAUAAUUGAAUGAUCCGCUCACUUUUCUAAUAAUUUUUACAUGUUUUUGUGGUCAUAUUUUUAUACAAUGAUCUGCUUCCUACUUUCCAAAAAAAAUCGGUUCCAAAUCCGGAUCCCGGUGGGAAUCUAGAAUAGAGGGCUUCCUGUCUAUAUACAUACAUAUAUAUAUAUAAAUAUGCUCAGACCUUCUAUUUUGCGAAUCCUCCCUUUUUUGGUCACCCAUCAAUGGAUAUGGAUCCAGUUAGAGACUGGGGGUCGGGUCUUCUUCACGAGAUGUUGGAGAGUUGGCAAAUCAUUUACUGUCGGUUGAAGAUCUCAUGGCUUCCAGAGGGGUUUGUACUCGUGGCGAGAUGCAGCUAGCUAGGAAAGAUGAGUUUGUCCAUCCGUCCUCUAGGGUUCCGUUGCUUAUGCUUACAGAAGAGGAUAAUAAAAAAGACAUGGACGACGAAGGACGUGAAUUUUAUACCCUUUCAAAAAACAAGAUUUCCAUGAGAUUGUCACUCCCGGAGACACGAUGCAUGGAAGAAGGGUUUGGGUGGGUUUUAACCGUUUCGAGCUCAGGGGAGCUCAAUUUGUUGAAACCUCUAUAACUCGUUCCCAAAUCCAACUCCCCAGCUGCGCAACUUUCCCUGAUAACCACGACACCGAUUUUUCCGACUUGAUGUUUAUCAUAACAGUUGCUCUCGCAGCCAAUCCAUCGCGCACCUCCAGUUUUGUCCUUGUGGUAAUUCAUGAAUGGGGUCAAUUCUUGGGGUUUUGGAGGCCUGGGGAUCUCUGCGGUGGACCGAGAUUGAAUCUCGAUACUACAAUGGAAAGUUUUAUGCGGUUGAUGAUAGACAUGGUACUUUAUGGGCGUGGGAUGAAUCCUCAUCCAUACUCAAGCUUGCCUUCGCUACCGAUCCUAAAUUUUUCAGAAAUAGAGAUUCAUAUCUAGUGGAAUCAUCUGGCGGCAAGCUACUAAUUGUUAACCGGGACGGUGUUGUACGGUGUUGAGGAAGAUCAAAGUUACAGGGUUAACAAUUUUAAGGUGAUUCAAUUGGAUGUUACAAAAUGCUGAGUUGGAAGAGAUCACAUGUUUGGGAAAGGAUGUUGUUUUUGUUGGCCAUAGUUCUGCUGUCUCUUUUAUGGCUUCUGCCUUCUCGGAUGUCAUUAAGUCCAAUUGUAUCUAUUUUACCGAUGAUUGUUGGGAAGCCUACUCCUAUACUAUAGGAAGAGGUUUGGAAGAGGAGGAGGGCGGCUUG